AUGUACACCCCCGUGGGCGAAACGGACCCCAUGCUCAUGAGCCCGAGCGGCGGCAAGGAGCGGCGCUCGCCGCCCUCGAGCGCCGUCAACAGCCUCCGCCUGGAGCCGCCGGCGCCCAAGUGCAACGACUGGCUCUACGCCGCGCUCUUCCUCUCCAACGUGGUGGCUCUGGCCGCGCUGGCCUUCUGGAAGGGCGUGCCGGCGCUCAAGGAGGACAUGGGGCGCAACCGCAGCGACGGGCGCGUGCCCACGGGCCACUCGGUGGCCGGGACGAUGAUCGCCGUGCUCUGCGUGCUCGGCACGCUGCUGUCCCUGGCCUGGAUCAAGCUGCUCAUGGCGUACGCGGCCUCCAUGAUCCGCGUGGCGCUGUGGCUCAACGUGUUCAUGGUGCUGGGCUUCGCGGUCACCACCUUCUCGGUCAACGCGUGGGCCGCGCUGGCCUUCCUGCUCAUGGCCGCCAUCAACGUCUGGUACAUCUACGCCGUGCAGAACCGCAUCGGCUUCGCGUCGGCCAAUCUCAAGGCGGCCUGCACGGCGCUCAAGCAGCACUCGUCCGUCUUCGCGGUGGCCUUCGUGCUGGUGCUGCAGCAGCUGGCCUGGAUGUUCCUCUGGGCCGUGGCCGCGCUGGGCAUGCACCAGAUCUUCCUGGAGGCGGACCCGGACUGCGACCGCGAGAUCGAUCUCGCCAGUCGCGGACGCAACCAUGGAGGCCUCUGCGUGGGACUGCCGGCUUAUGUGGCGCUGUUCUACAUGCUCGUGAGUGUGUACUGGGGCCAGCAAGUGCUGCAGAACAUCCUCACGUGCACGACGGCGGGAGUCGUCGCGACCUGGUGGUACCAGCCCCACGCCCAGAAGGCCACGGUCGGCGCGCUGUAUCGCUCCGUGACGACGAGCUUCGGAUCCAUUUGCUUCGGCUCCCUGAUCGUGGCGGUGCUGCAGGCGCUCAAGACGAUGGCGAACAUGGCCAGACGCCGUGCCAAUGAAGAAAACAACAACGGACUCGCCUGUCUGGCUUGCAUGGCCGAGUGCAUCGUCAGCUGUCUGGCGGACAUUAUGGAGUACUUUAACCAAUGGGCGUACGUGUACGUCGGAGUGUACGGCUACCCGUUCCGCACAAGUGGAAAGGCUGUCAUGGAUCUGUUCAACAACCGCGGAUGGACGGCCGUGAUUAACGACGACUUGACCUCGGGCGCACUGUCGUUUGGUGCGCUGGGUAUUGGUAUCGUCACUUGCUGUGUUGGUCUGCUGAUGGUGCGCUUCUCCCCCGUGGAGUGGUUCACGGCGCUGGGGUCCCGUAUGAGCGUUUACGGAACGAUGGCUCUGAUUGGGUUCAUGGUAGGCUUCACAAUGGCUCUGAUCUUGGCUCAUGUGAUCAUCGCAGCACUGCACACGAUUUUCGUUUGCUUCGCAGAGGACCCUGUUGCGUUCAACCGCAACCACCCCAAGGAGUAUGAUGACUUGGUGUCUGGAUGGCGCCAAUUCCACGGGGACGCCUUGCUGUCUGCUUACGGUUCGGCUGUCUAACUCUGCGGUUGAGAGUUUUUUUCUGGUGAGAAUCCGUGCUACAGAGACGGAGUAUGAGAUCGCAGCACUGCAAAGCAAUAAAUACGAAGACUUUUUUUACGCAU